AUGGAGGAGGUGAAGGUGAACCAGGCCAGCCCAGAACGAGCUGGGCCGUCCUGGGACAGAGGCGUGCAGACGGACAGCAGAGGGCAAGGACCCGGUACCACUGUUUUAAGAAAAAAAAAGCAAGUAGAGGCCAUGGCUCUUGCUCGGUGGAUGCCCGAAGGAAUUAAGGGUGGGCCCGGUCAGCAGCAGCAAGAGGACGAGGGAUGCGCGAGUGGUCCCGCACAGGAGGACGCGGCUCACCCGGGGGCGCAGCGGACAAAAAGCAAGGCACGGCGGAGGAGGCGCGCUGCGGAGGAUCUCCUCACGAGACACAAAGUCCUGGUGGCAGAAUUCCUCGACAAAAACUACGAAGAGGUGUUCACGGACUAUGAGAAGCUGCUGCACUCAGAGAACUAUGUGACGAAGCGACAGUCUCUGAAGCUGCUGGGUGAGCUGCUGCUGGACCGACACAACUUCACGGUGAUGACCAAAUACAUCAGUAAAACGGAGAACCUCAAACUGAUGAUGAACCUGCUGCGAGACAAGAGCCCGAACAUCCAGUUUGAGGCUUUCCAUGUAUUUAAGGUCUUCGUGGCGAACCCCAGCAAGACUCAGCCGAUAGUGGACAUCCUGCUGAAGAACCAGACGAAGCUCAUCGAGUUUCUGUCCAACUUCCAGAAGGAGCGAACAGACGACGAGCAGUUCAACGAUGAGAAAACCUAUCUUAUCAAGCAGAUCCGUGAGCUCAAGAAGCCCGCCUCCUAA